AUGUCCCACGCUCGGGUCGAAGAUGCGUCAGACUCUGACCCCGAAGAGAUGGACCCCGCCGAGUUCGAUCCCCGGUCCAUCAUCUCCCCGGCCGACAUCCCCAUGUCUUCCGCCAGCGCCCCGCGACCGUCUCCGCCACUGCCACAGCCCCAGAGGGAAAUUCCCCGCCAUUUCCAGUGCAUCUACCCGAUUUACUUCGACGCGACCAGGUCGCGCGCGGAGGGCAGAAAGGUCACCAAGAAGCUCGCCGUCAGGAACCCGCUCGCCAAGGAUAUCCUCGAUGCCGUCCAGCUGCUGGGACUGAACGCCGGGUUUGAACCCGAGAAAUUGCAUCCAAAGGAUUGGGCAAAUCCCGGCCGGAUACGCGUGCUGUUAAAACACGAGGAUGGACGGUUGAUCAAUGACGGGAGUCAAAAAUAG